AUGCACCAGCCGCCUGUCGUCCUCGCGCCACUCUCCCCCAUCGCCUUCCUCACGCACAUCCUCGACACAGCUCCCACCAGCACCACCAGCACCACCACGGUGCUCAUCUGCGCCGCGCGCUCCGAUUUCCUACGCGCCGCCGUCACCGAGCUCCACGACCGCGCCCAUCCGCCGUCCGCAGCCCCCGACGUGCUCCGGGCGACGCUUGGGCGCGUCGCCGCCGCGCGCCGCAUCCGCACCUCCUUUGUCCCGAGCGUCGCCCAUCUGCGCGCCCACGUAUCCGCCUUGCCGCCGCCGGCCGUCCCGGCGCGCCUGCUCGUGUACGGCUUCUUGGACGUGCAUCGGGACGCGGGCGGGUGGUCGGCGCAGGACAUUGGUUGUUCGGCGGCGUGCCUGGUCGAGGCGGCGCGCGGGGGGCUCGUCUUGAUGCUGAGGGAGCCGACGGGCUGGGGGGCAGAGGAGGAGGAGGAGGGAAAGAAGGGGGCACAGUGGCCGGCGGCAUACGAGGAGCAGAUUCCGCUGCUGAGCACGGCAGCCGAGAGGCGCGAGGACGGCACGUGGGAUGUGCCGUGCACGACGGCGCGGGUGGUUCUGCAGCGGUGGUUCACGUUUGACGAUUCAUGA